CCAAAACACAUCACAGUGGGGAGGGAGUUAGAGAAGGAGAACUCAUGGAAGGAACAAAGAGCGUAGUUUCGGCCUAUAAUGGUGAGUCUGAAGUUGCCGUAACUUCAUUGAUUCAUUCUGAAAGAGAAGAAGCUGACGAAAGUACUCAUAAGCCUCAUCAUCCCACCAUUCCUGGGUGGUUUGCGGAGCAUUGCCCAGUAUGGCCAGGCCAAGCACACUUCUUAAAGGUAGAAAAAAUUAUAUUCCAAGGAAAGUCUGAGUUUCAAAGCAUGAUGGUGUUUCAGUCAUCAUCGCAUGGGAAGGUCUUUGUUCUAGAUGGAGCUCUGCAGCUCACAGAAAAGGAUGAAUUUGCAUACCAAGAAAUGAUUACUCACCUUCCUCUUUGCUCUAUUCCGAACCCAAGAAAGGUAUUGCUUAUUGGGGGAGGAGAUGGUGGAAUACUACGUGAAAUCUCUCGACAUUCUUCCGUUGAGCAGAUUGAUAUAUGCGAGAUUGACAAAAUGCUGGUGAACGUGUACAAGGAAUUCUUCCCAGAUAUUGCUGUAGGAUAUGAGGACACUCGAGUAAAACUUCAUGUCAAAGACGGGACUAAAUUUCUGAAGUCCGUUCAAAGUGGUACCUAUGAUGCCAUAAUAGUGGAUGCAUUUGACCCAAUAAAACCUGGAGAUGACUUGAUCGAAAGUUCGUUCUUCGAGUUGGUGGCAAAAGCUCUCCGCCCUGGUGGAGUUAUGUGUACCCAGGCGGAAAGUCUAUGGUAUCCGGCACUCAGCAUCGAAGAUCUCGUCGGAAACUGUCGCCGGGUAUUCAAAGGCUCUGCCAGCUAUGCGUGGACGAUAGUUCCUACAUAUCCAAGUGGAGUUAUAGGUUUCAUGCUUUGUUCUACUGAGGGUCCAUUUGUGGACUUCAAGCAUCCUGUCAACCCUUUGGAUCCCAAACAAACUUCUGGUGUGGCGAAAGAGCCGCUGAAAUUUUACGACUCAGAGGUACAUUGUGCCGCAUUUUGUCUGCCAUCAUUUGCAAAGAAGUCAGCCAUGAACCACUAAGACGCCCGACAUGAGAGUCUUGAUAGGAGUGUGAAGGGAAGUUAUCACUAAUGUUACAAACUGAAUCAUAAGAGGAUCGAUGAGUUGAUUUUCUGAAAUAAGUAAUCUGGGAAAGGCUCAAUACAUGUCAAGCAACUGAAUACUUUACUAGGUUUUCAAUUUAAUUUCAAAUUCAAACAAUGUGAUUUACAGUAAUAAUACUGAAUUAUAGGUUCAAUCUCUCCUUAAUUUUUACUGUUACUGUAUCUGUCAACUUUUAUGAUUAUGAAGUGAAAUUUGCUUUAGUA